CUCGCGCUGUGUGGAUGCUGCGGACGUAAGGUUUUCCAAGCUGGAGCUGCCGGAGCAUCUGCCUGCGUCUGCCUGCGGGUGUCACCCAGCGUUAUCGACACACUCCACUGAAACACUGCUUAUUUUUGGGGGAAUAUAACAAAGGAGUUGGUCUCUCCCGCUCUCUUACAGGUGGAAUCAUGUCUGCUGGCCCAGCGACGGUGCGCAUCCUCAUAAAGGGAGGCAAAGUGGUGAAUGAUGACUUUACCCAGGAAGCAGAUGUGUACAUUGAGAACGGCAUCAUUCAGCAGGUGGGCAAAGAGCUGAUGAUCCCUGGUGGUGCCAAGGUGAUAGAUGCCACAGGCAAGCUGGUGCUUCCGGGGGGCAUCGACACAAGCGUUCACCUGCAGGAGAGCUUCAUGAAUGCCACCACUGCUGAUGAUUUCUACAGUGGCACCAAGGCUGCUCUGGCUGGAGGCACGACAAUGGUGUUGGGUCACGUGCUGCCCGAGAAGAACGAAUCCUUGCUGGAUGCCUAUGAGAAAUGUCGGGCUCACGCUGAUGCCAAGACCUGCUGUGACUACGCUCUUCAUGUUGCCGUGACCUGGUGGAGUCCCAAGGUGAAGACUCAGAUGGAGACACUGGUGAGAGAAAAAGGAGUGAACUCCUUCCAGAUGUACAUGGCUUACAAGGACGUGUACAUGCUGAGGGACAGCGAGCUCUUCCAGGCCCUGCAGCAUUGUAAAGAUAUCGGAGCCAUAGCCCGCGUACACGCUGAGAAUGGAGAGCUGGUGGCUGAGGGUGCCAAAGAAGCAUUGGAUCUGGGCAUCAGUGGACCAGAGGGUAUUGAGAUCAGCAGGCCUGAAGAGCUGGAGGCAGAGGCAGUGCACAGAGCGAUCACUAUCUCCAACAGAGCUCACUGUCCUAUAUAUCUGGUUAACAUAGCCAGCAUGUCAGCAGGAGAUGUUUUGGCCUCAGGGAAGAUGCACGGUAAAGUGGUGCAUGGGGAGACCACCACUGCCCAUGCUGUUAUAAAUGGGCUGCAGUACUACCACCAGGACUGGGCCCAUGCUGCUGCCUAUGUCACUGUGCCUCCCUUGAGGCUGGACCCCAACACACCCAACUUCUUGCUCAGCUUGCUGGGAAGUGACACUCUGAACGUGGUGACGUCAGACCACCGGCCCUUCACCACCAAGCAGAAAGCCAUGGGCAAAGACGACUUUACUAAGAUCCCUCAUGGAGUGCCCGGCGUGCAAGACCGCAUGAGUGUCAUCUGGGAGAAAGGAGUGGUUGGAGGAAAAAUGGAUGAAAAUCGGUUUGUUGCUGUCACAAGCUCUAAUGCAGCAAAGAUCUACAACCUGUACCCCAGGAAAGGCAGGAUCAUCCCAGGAGCCGAUGCUGAUGUGGUAGUCUGGGACCCCGACGCAACCAGAACCAUCUCUGUGACCACACAGUGGCAGGGAGGAGAUGUGAAUCUGUAUGAAGGUCUGCGCUGUCAUGGCGUGCCAUUGGUCACCAUUAGCCGUGGCCGUGUUGUCUACGAAAACGGCAUCUUCACCUGUGCUGAGGGAUCUGGAAAGUUCUACCCGCUCCGAACCUUCCCAGACUUUCUCUACAAGAAGAUGGUGCAGCGGGACAAGUGCCAGGUUCUGAAGGGAGUGGACCGUGCUCCCUACACGGGAGAAGUGGCUGCGGUGCAGAACGCAGGAAAAAAGGAGGCGGCCCCAUCAUCUGGGGAUAUGACCCCACGACCCUGCACUCGUCACGGAGGAGUGAGAGAUCUGCAUGAGUCCAGCUUCAGCUUAUCUGGUGUCCAGAUUGAUGAUGACCUUCCAAAGAGAUCUUCCCAAAGGAUUCUGGCUCCUCCUGGUGGUCGAUCCAGUGGCAUAUGGUAACAUCAGCUGCUGCUAUUUUUGGAGCCACUGAAUAACUAAACCGGAAACUAAACACCUAAUAUUAUCUGAUGAAUUCACAUCGACCAAAAUUUAUUUAAUCCUUGUCACUUUGCUACUAGCAUAAUUAAAUGUCCAUGUUAAUGAUUACAGGAAGUAAAACAAAACAACAAAAACAAAAAACAACGUGCAGGGGGUUAUUUUGAAGGCAAACGGAAGACAACGUAUCUGUGUGGUUUGUAGAUCCUGUGUGGGAGAUGUGGGUUUUAAUGAAUUACACUAGCAUUGAAUUAAUCUGGUUUUGGUGUCAUGUAGUUGAUUUGAUAAAGGCGCAAAGCAAGUUCUCUGAUCCUGUCUACUUCACUUUAUAUCACUGUCUCUAUUCCGAACAACGCACUGUGAUAUGCAAUGGUUAAAGGAAUACUUUUUUUUUCAACCCGAUCUCUGUCCACCACAUCAACUGUUAUCAAGUGAUAUUCCAAUGGACAAGAAUGUUAUGAGUACAGUCAUUUCUCUAUACUGAGAAAACAGCAAAAAAAAAAUGUGUGUAAACCUUUAAGUGUUGCUCCAACAACUGCCCUUAAAUGCUGAAUUUAACUCAGUUUCGCCAAAACAGUUUAUUUGUUGUUUCCUCGAUACGGAGAAAUGUCGAAUCUAUUGUCAGUUGAACACACUACACUCUUAAUGUUAAUGGAUUGAUCGAUUAGGUUGUUAAAAAAGGCUGAAAUAUUCCUUUAAAAGAUGUAUACAUUCGGCAGAACAAACACUACAAUAACAAUGUCGCAGCUAAUGGAUGUGGGACGAUGUAUCAUUAUAUAUUUUGCCACAUUUUUGAAAUGAUUUGGGCACAUGACUAUGUGUUUACCUCAGUGUUUUAUCUUUGGAAUUGCACUUAUGUACAGUAACAACCCUGCCUCUCCAUUUGUUAAGCUGUACAUCUGUUGUGGUAAUCAAAUAACACAUUAAAAAAAAAGAUGCUUCUAUAUCGCAGCCUCAGUAUCGCUUUUGUGUUUUCAGUGUGUAUAAUAAUUCAUUCUUUUCUCUCUCUUUUUUGACUUGUGGAUGAUUCAAAGGCAAGUUUGAUCAAAUCUAGUUAAUGCCAUCGCUUAUGAUUUCGCCAGAACCUGUCUAUGUUCAUAUCGGUUUGUUUCUUCCUCUUGUUUCAGCGUUUGUUUUGAGCACAUGACAUGCUGAGUGGUAACAGUGGUGUGUCCCUGUGUGGUAGACUUGUGUCGUGUUGCCGAUUGUUAUCGAUAGCUAUUCAUUCUUAGAUUUACCGAGAGUGUUUCUGGUCAAGUAACGUAGUAACGUACCGCCCAUAAAUGUGAACCAAUAUGAAUGCCAUGUUUACAGUGUCACAUAUCAGGAUUGACUUUCUCAUUUAAAUCUGACUGCAGCAUCUUUAUGUAAUUGCCUGGGAUUGCCUUUUUGAGUUCACAGUAACACCAGUAAUGCUACGAAACAAAUGUUUUUGUUGUUUUUAAAAUCAUGUUCAACACAUUUUUUAAUCAUUUUUGAGACUUGGAGAGAGAUGUAGGCUUUCAGAGCUGACCAAAACAUACUUCUUACCAAAUGGUUUAUGUAAGUAAGUGUUUCAAAACUCGACACUUAAAUUAUGAUUAGUGAAUGAGUAAACCCUGAAUAUGACUCACAAUUAUACUGAAGUGCUAAAGUGAAAGGAGAUUUAUUGCUAGCAUGUCUUUUACUGGUUCUGUUACUACUUCCAUUGAUAGUUCGGACAUAUUUGGAGACCCCGCUGUCUCCCAAUGUGUAAUACAGUAACAGAAAAGAGUCCAACAGAUACACUAGGAUGAUUUCUUUAUUGGUGCUGAAUAUUCAUGUGUGUGGAUGUUUUGGUUUCCUUUUGGACCUCUCUCAAUGUUUCUCAACCGUUUCUUUUUAUAUAUAUAUAUAUACACCGUGUAUGUAUGCACUAGAAGUGUAUGUGUUAUGUUCCUCUUCAAAUAAACCCUGUCCAACCUUGAA